AUGACGAUCGUACAUAUAGUGCUGUUCAAGUUCCGUCCAGAAGUGACGCAGGAGCAUAAAGACACCUUUGUCCGCGAACUCAAGAAACUCAAGGACCUAGACUGUGUCAAGGGUCACCGGCUGGUCGUUGGCGGGCCGUCAAUCACUGAUCCGAUCGAGCGAAGCAAAGGGUUUGAGAUUGCCCUGCUAAGCUUCCACGAGGAUCGGGAAGCUUUGAAAGCAUACCAGGCCAGCAAAGAGCAUCAUUGGGUAACCAGCACAUACAUGUUUCCCUACAAGGAGGAUCUCAUCCGGUUUGACUUUGAAGUGGCUCCGGAGGACGAGUAUAUGUGGAAUUUCUUGCCAAUUGAAGGUCUUAAUGGGCUUGCGAAGAAAUGA